AGCCACAAACUACAGACAGAUAUUUUGGUGGUCAAUAUUUACAGAGAGUGAAAGAAACAGGCGGUGUAAAAAGAAAUACACAGAGAGAGAUUUGCUAUUUUCUGGCAAGCGAUUCAAAGCUGUUCGUCGUUGCGAGUGAAGCUGUUCGACUUCUCCGACGAACCACCGGUCAAAUCGUCACUCAGCUGCCUCUCUUCCUCAGUGGUGGUUGACGGCGAAGUGGAAGUGCCAGAGAGAGAGAGAGAGAGAGAGAGCUGGGGUGGAGUUUUUUUUUUUUUUUUUUUUGGAGGGUUAGAUUGAAGGUUUGGCUCUAACAACUACCAAUCAAAGGGUCGUUGAGCAACAUGCCUCCUCAGUCCUGAGGUUUAAUUGUUGGGAAGAGAAAAAAGCUCAUGGGAAUGAGUGGUGUAGGGGAAAAUAUAGAAGCUUUUAGUGAAGUGAAAUGGGACUAUAUGUUUCUCGACGAGGAAUUAUGGGGCCUUCUAAAGAUUUGUUGUCCGGAUCUAUUUGGUGACUGGAAGAGCUUUAGGGGCGACUAUGAGCGAUACAUUUCUCGUGCACUUCAUAAAAAUGCCACAAAUUCUUACAAGCGUCUUGGUGCUAAGGUUGCAGUGGUUUACUUGUUGGGAAGAGCAAAAAAGCUCAUGGGAAUGAGUGGUGUAGGGAAAAAGAUAGAUUUUCAGGAUUCUCAGCUGGGUUGGUAUAGGCUGGAGCAUAAUCCAACUAGUUGGUUACCUAUACGUACUAUUCCUGCCAUCUAGAGAAUGCACCUGAGCCACUCCUCCUCCUCAGGUUGAGCUUCAGCCUGAGGCAAGGUAGAAUUGGAAGAUCGAAAUGCUGUUGUUUUCUUUAUUUUGACUACUUGGAUCUUCAGUUUUUUAACUACUUGGAACAAAUGAAGUUCUUUGUGUUGUCAUUAAGCAUAAUACUCUGUUUGACAAAUAGAAAUAUGAGGAUGGAAGACUGCUCUUUGUAUAUAUGUUUACAUGAUUUAAGUGAUUAACGUCA